AAAAAUCAAGUAAAACUUAAAAUAAUUUAUGUAUAUUUAUUGGAAAAAUUAAAAAACACAUUAAUUUUUUCCACUGGAAAAAUUGUGGGGUCAUGUUAAGAAAUUCCACACGUGAUUGGCGGACAGAAUUACGUUAACAACAAUUAUUCCCGUUGAUUGGUCGGCGGCGGUGUUUUCGCAUUUAAAUGUCGUCAAUAUCGAUUAAGAAUAGUAAUUUCACAAUUAACUUCACAUAUUAAAUAGAUUUUCUUCAUCUCCAAACUAUCCGAGUUGGUAUUACUUGGUUUGUGUCGUGAAUUGCAAGAACGUUUAUUGGAAAUGCCGAAGAACGUGUUGGUAAUCGGAAGCGGUGGCAGAGAACAUGCCAUUGUUUGGAAACUGUCGCAGAGCGGCCAGGUUAAUAAAAUUUUCGCGGCGCCGGGUAGUUUUGCCAUUCAACAGGUGCACAAAGCAGAAAAUGUUGAUUUGGACAUCAAAAACUUUAAGGAUGUGGUAAAAUUCUGCAAAGAAAACAACGUCAGUUUAGUAGCAAUAGGACCUGAAGAUCCUCUUGCAAACGGCAUAGCAGACAUUUUGGUAGCAGAACAAAUACCGACCUUCGGACCUCAAAAAAAUGCCGCCCAAAUCGAGUCCAACAAAGACUGGGCGAAAGCUUUCAUGGACAGACACAACAUCCCGACUGCCAGAUGGAAAUCUUUCAAUAAUGCCAAGGAAGCUAAGGACUUUAUCAAUAAUGCCCCGUAUCAAGCAUUGGUGGUCAAAGCCAGUGGAUUAGCGGCUGGUAAAGGGGUGGUAGUAGCAGCUGAUAAAAAAGAAGCAUGCGACAGUGUCGACGAAAUUCUGACAGACAAGAAAUUCGGCUCUGCCGGUGAAACAGUCGUCAUAGAAGAAUUAUUGAGCGGUGAAGAAGUUUCUGUAUUGGCCUUCUCCGAUGGACAGACUGUAAAAGCCAUGCUUCCCGCUCAAGAUCACAAACGAAUUUUCGACAACGAUCGAGGACCAAAUACUGGAGGAAUGGGUGCUUACUGUCCUUGUCCUUUACUCAACGAACAGCAACUAGAAUACGUACAGAAAGAAGUUUUGGAAAAAACAGUGAACGGUUUCAUCAAAGAAGGCAUCAAAUUUGUUGGUGUUUUGUAUGCGGGAUUGAUGCUGACAAAAGACGGCCCCAAAGUGCUUGAAUUCAACUGCAGAUUCGGUGAUCCAGAAACGGAAGUUAUCCUGCCACUGCUCGAGUCCGAUCUCUAUUGCGUCAUGACAUCUUGCUGCAACGGGACGUUGGACAAGCAGGAGCUACUGUGGAAGGAAAAUACGAAUGCGGUCGGAGUCGUUAUGGCAUCCCGUGGUUAUCCCGAAACGUCCAGCAAAGGACAAAUCAUCACAGGCAUAGAUACGGUAAACUACAGACCUAACCAUGUCGUAUUCCACUGCGGUACCGCAAUUAAAGGCGACCAUUUGGUGACGAACGGUGGCAGAGUUCUGAUUGCUGUGGCUUUGGCCCCGCAAUUAACUAUAGCUGCGGCCAACGCGACCAAAGCCUGCGAAACUAUACGAUUCGACGGAGAACAGCAUCGCAAGGACAUUGCCCAUAAAGGCAUUGCAAGUGCAAUUCUAAAGUCAGGCAAAUUGACGUAUAAACAAAGCGGAGUUGAUAUAACCGCCGGAAAUGAUUUAGUUUCACACAUUAAACCUGCGGCAAAAUCAACGAACAGGUCUGGUGUUAUUGGUGGUCUGGGUGGUUUUGGGGGAUUGUUCGACCCCAGAGCUGCCGGUUACAAGGAUCCUUUACUGGUUUCCGGAACUGACGGCGUUGGAACCAAACUAAAAAUUGCCCAUGAAAUGGACAUUCACAACACAAUAGGCAUUGACUUGGUGGCCAUGUGUGUCAAUGACGUAUUGGCCCAUGGUGCCGAACCAAUCUUUUUCCUGGACUAUUUUGCGUGCGGAGCUUUGGAUGUAAACGUGGCUAAGCAAGUCGUUGACGGCGUUGCCGAAGGCUGCAGACAAGCUGGAUGCUCCCUUAUAGGUGGAGAAACUGCCGAAAUGCCGGAUAUGUAUCCACCAGGUGAUUACGACGUGGCUGGUUUCGCCGUCGGAGCGGUGGAACGCGACCAACUCAUACCUCAUAUUCAAGAAAUCCGCGAAGGUGACAUACUUAUUGCCUUGCCCUCUUCUGGCGUCCACAGCAACGGAUUCAGCUUGGUCAGAAAAGUUAUGAAGCUCAGUGGGCUUAGUUACAAAGAUACCGCUCCGUUUAGCAAAAAUGGAAAAUCGAUAGGCGAAGAAUUGUUGACACCGACGCAGAUUUACGUCAAAGCCGUAAUACCAGCGGUAAAAACGGGAAAAGUGAAAGCGUUCGCCCACAUAACUGGCGGCGGUUUGCUGGAAAACAUCCCCCGAGUUCUGCCCCAUCAUUUGGGAGUAGAAUUGGACGCGACCAAAUGGCAAAUACCGGAAGUAUUUUCCUGGGUGGCCACCGCUGGAGGAAUCAGUCAAACAGAAAUGUUGCGCACGUUUAACUGUGGAGUAGGUGGACUUUUGGUCGUCAACAAGGAACACGAACGUGAAAUUCUUAACAUGGUUAUUUCGCAUGGUGCCUCUGUUGUGGGCAAGGUUGUCAAAAACAACGGAGAACAAGUGGUAGUUAACCACUUUGCCGAUGUUAUGGAAGUUUCGAUGAGGAAGUAUGUGUCCACAGUUGUUGCCAAUGUGGCGGUUGCGAAGAAACGUGUAGGAGUUUUAAUAUCCGGCAGCGGUACUAAUUUGCAAGCCCUGAUAGACGCAACUGUGGAUCCCACAAGGCAAAUGGGAUGCGAAAUCGUUCUCGUCUUGUCCAAUAAGGCUGACGUUGAAGGUCUCAAACGAGCCGAAAGAGCCAACAUUCCUACCAAAGUGCUUAAUCACAAGGACUUCGCGAGUAGAGAAGAAUUCGAUCGUGCCAUGCACAACGAAUUGAUCGUGGCCGGUGUCGAUAUUGUUUGCUUGGCGGGAUUCAUGCGAAUUCUGAGCGGCGAAUUUACUCGCAAAUGGAAGGGAAAACUCAUCAACGUCCAUCCCGCACUUCUGCCCUUGUUUAAAGGAACCCACGCUCAAAGACAGGCUCUGGAAGCGGGCGUUAGAAUUAGCGGGUGUACGGUUCAUUUUGUAGAGGAGGACGUCGAUGCCGGAGCUAUAAUUACCCAAGAAGCGGUUCCUGUUGAAAUAAAUGACACGGAAGAAGACCUGAUUGAAAGAAUCAAAACGGCGGAGCACAGGGCUUUUCCAAGGGCAUUGCAAUUGGUGGCAACUGGAAAAGUUUAUUUGGACAAGGAAAACAAAUUAAUUUGGGCAUAAAUCUCUCUCACCUUUGUUAUUUAUUUAAUUAUGUUUUUCUUGAUGCAAAUAUUAAAAUUUCAAUAAGUAUUAUGUUUUAAUAAUAUAAAAUUAUUUUGGCUUACAUGUUAGAAUUAACUUACAUUAAACAAUAUAUUUUUGAAA